UUUCUAAGAGUUAUGACAAGUUUUUUAUUGAUGUGUAGUGAAACCUAAUAUACUAGGAUGAUUCCACAUCAACAGUUUUUAUGUAAUGUCAAUAAAACAUAAUCCAUUUGGAAGAAAUUUUUUCCAUCUUUUCAUUUUAAAGAGUGCUUAUGCAAAACUUCAAUGACUAAUGCCUAUAUGCUUGCAUGCAGAUGGUAAUACAAAUAUCUUGAAAUGGAAUGAGAGACUCAAAAUUGCGGUUGAUGCAGCACAUGGAUUGGAAUAUCUACAUGAUGGAUGUAAACCACCGAUUAUGCAUAGGGAUUUGAAGCCUGCCAACAUAUUACUAGACGAGAAUAUGCAUGCCAAGAUAGCUGAUUUUGGCCUAAGUAGAGCUUUUGGUAACGAUAUUGAUUCUCAUAUAUCCACCCGACCUGCUGGUACACCAGGUUAUAUUGAUCCUAAAUAUCAGAGAACAGGAAACACAAAUAAAAAAAAUGAUAUCUACAGCUUUGGAAUUAUUUUAUUUGAGUUGAUCACCGGUCGAAAAGCAGUAGCAAGAGCAUCUGAUGAAUACAUUCACAUACUUCAAUGGGUUAUUCCCAUAGUUGAAGGAGGAGAUAUUCAAAAUGUUGUUGAUCCAAAGUUGGAGGGUGAAUUUAACAUCAAUUCAGCAUGGAAAGCUGUAGAGAUUGCCAUGUCAUGCACAUCAUCAAAUGAAGUUGAAAGACCAGACAUGAGUCAAAUAUUGGGAGAGUUAAAGGAAUGUCUAUCUUUUGAGACGGUUCAGAUAAAUAAUGUAAGCACGAGAGCUAGAGAUGAAUUGGUUUCUAUAGCUACUAUAUCAGAAACCACUAUUUUAGCUAGAUAACCACCAUUUAUAAUGAUAUUUUUGUGCUACAUAUUUGGUGUCACUUCAUUGUUGUAUUUGUUAGAAAAUCUAGUGUUACUG